GAGAUCAAUGUAUUUACACGCGGACACUUCUCGGAUAGCUUCGUCGGCGAACCUAUUAUAUCCUUACCAUUCCAGCUAUUCCUAGAUGCCUUCGGCCUGUAUAGGAAUAUGUAUCGGCCUAUCCAAGGUGGAUAUCUUAUCCCUGAAUUCUUACCCGAGAGUCAGCAUCUCCGAAAGCACAGUAUUUUACCCCUAACACUUGGACCCUACGCUGCCGACUUAACAGACGUUAUGCAAGCAUUAUGUCAUAUAUCUUAUUUGAGUAAGGGGCAAGAGAUAGAUAUCGGUGGGGAGCGGAGGUUCGGCGACGGCUAUGCCAUCAGUCAAAGGUGCCGCCGUCUUUUGCGCGAGCAGCAUGUUGACGAUAUCGAAGUAGAGAUUAUGGAAGGCUGGGGGUACAGCCGUCUUGGCCACGACUCGAUAGCGAACACUCAGUUCGACUCAGACGCCAACGAGUCCGUCAGCUCGUCAAAAUCGUCUCCCAACCAGCCGAGGCCUAAGCAGAUUCAAUUCACUCAGAAUAUGUUGACGUUGACGUCGUAGCGCUGGAGCAGCAGCCGCAGCGUGUCGACGUGGCCACCUGUUAGAGCUCGAGACUUGUCACGUACGGGAUUAGCCCUUAUACGAGCCUACAUCUGCGAGUCGUAAUAGAAGCUACCUAAUUGCGUCUUCGUCCGUCGUGCUGUCUCCAUCAAGAUGUCGGGCGGGUUAAUAUUUCCCUUCUUGCCCUUAAGCCCUCGACGAUCAGUAAUACCGCUGCCACAGGCUCCAUUUCGAACCUGAUUCCCUCUUCGUAUCGUGUUCU